AUGAAAAGUGGAUUUGUGAAAGGUUGUAGACCUUGGUUUGGAAUUGAUGGAUGUCAUCUAAAAGGACCAUAUGGGGGAGUACUACUAUUAGCUGUGGCAGUUGAUGGAAACAAAGGCAUAUUUUCGAUUGCCUUUGUUGUUGUUGAAGUUGAAUGUAAGGACUCGUGGAUGUUUUUUCUCACUUUGUUGGAUAAUGCAUUAAAGUCUAUUCCUGAAUGGCAAGAUAAGCAUGUGACAAUUAUGUCAGAUAUGCAAAAGGCGUUGCAAAAUGCAGUCGUGGAAGCAUUUCCGUAUGCCAAACACCGGUAUUGUUGUAAUCAUUUGCUAAACAAUUUCAAACUAAAGUUUAGAACAUUACUUCUUAGCACACAAUUUUGGACUGUUGCAAUGGCAUAUAAUGAAUUUAUGUUUGAGAAAGCUAUGGAAAAGCUCAAAAAUAUUAGUGUUGAGGCUGCAAAUUGGAUGUUAGAUCGUGAAAGGCCUAAAAACAUGUGGGCUAGACAUACUAUUGACUCCGUAUGUAAGUCUGAUCAUGUAACAAACAAUGUCACAGAGUCCUUUAAUAGUUGGUUGGGAGACGAUAGAAAGAAGACAAUUUUGUCUAUGAUUGAGUCGAUUACAUGUAGGUUGAUGGCUAGAUUUCAAAAAAUAUAUGAAAAAGGAUGUGAGUUUAAUAACAUUGUCACGCCUAAGAUUAUAAAGGUGCUUGACACAACAAUGCAAGAUGGAAGAGUGUGUAGAGUCACAUAUGCGGGUGACGAUGAGUUUGGAGUGAGAGACGGAUAUAGUACUUUUGUGGUGAACUUGAGGAGUCAAACAUGUGGGUGUGGUUAUUGGAGGAUAACAGGUUUACCAUGCAAGCAUGCAUGUGCAUGCAUUACACACAAAAGAGAAAAUGUAGAGAUGUUUUGUGAUACAAGUUAUACUACUAAAAUAUAUUCCUUAUGUUACAAUAAUAUUAUACAUCCUAUGCCUGAAUUAGAUGAAAAAAAUAGAGGUUCUUAUGAACAAAUUGAUCCUCCCGUGUUGAGGAGGUUGUCGGGCCGACCAAGAGUUAAUAGGAAGAGGAGUGUAGUUGAAGGUCCGAGUGGUUCACAGGAUGCGAGAAGAUCAAACACAGUUAGGUGCGGGAAUUGCAAAGAGUUUGGACAUAACAUACUAGGAUGUCAGAGAGAUAAAACUAAAAAACAGAAAAAACUACAGGUGCGGCGUAAAGGACAAAGCUCUAAUGGAAAUGCAACUUGUUCAAGUCAAAUCACUCAUAAUAUAUAA